UGUGCUCUUCGUGUCAAAAGCCGCUGAUGGCGAAGACGGUACAGCAACCAAAGGAUGCAAUGGCUAAUUUUCAAUAUUUCGCGCAUGCGGAGCUGCCGCAGGGGGGUUCGAGAUGGUUUCGGGACCGCGAGUACUUUGGAGUUAAUGCUUGUCGCGCUACAGUUGUUACUCAUCAUUAUCAAACAAAAAGUAUUCGAGGGGGCCGUGUUCUGGAGGAGGCUAGUCAACGUUUUAACAGGGGAAACGUGGCUCUGUUUCUUCAGGACCCCUCAGCGUUGUCAAAAGUCCUCCCACCAUCGCGGGGGGAUCUGCGUGGAGCAGUGUGUGUCGAGUAAAGUGCUU